UAGUCAGUUUGAACGGGUCAGGCAGUGUAUCUGAACAUCUUGACUUCAUCAUGGCUCAACCGUCCCGUCCGGCUAAAGGCAUUCUUAUCGAACUGAGUAACAUUGUGUUUACCUCGUCUUCCAAGGGCAUCAGUUUAUCACCGAACACUUUCAAAUGGAUCCAAUACUGUGCAGCAACGACCGAUUACAUGUGUGGGCGCACUACCCUCGACCAAUAUUAUGACCGACUGUGCGAGGACUUCAAGCUGUCUCGGGCAGAGAUUGAAGAGACAUUUGCCACCAUCAAGAAAACUAUAGCCGUUCAAAAGUCCCUGGUCAACUCGCUUGCUCAGCUCAAGGCACGUUUCGGCAAGCAGCUCAAGGUCUAUGCUAUAGCCAAUCUCUCUCUCGAUGAUUAUGCUGCCGUCAAAGCGCUGCCAAUCGACUGGUCGAUCUUCGAUCAGGUCUUUAUCUCCGGCGAAAUGGGCAUGCGAAAGCCAGAGGCGCGGUUCUUUAAUUACCUCCUGGAUCGCAUCGACCUGCGGCCGGAGCAGCUGAUCAUGGUGGAUGAUGAUAGUGACAAUGUUAUGAUGGCGCUGUCCCUCGGCAUGCAUGGGGAGGUUUUCACCGGGACCUCCAUAAUCCAGAGCCUGAUCAACUUCGUUGAUUGUGAUGCCGUCGGUCGAGGACGACGGUUUCUCCGCGAUGGGGCCGGAACCUUUGAUUCGGAAACGCACGACGGUGUCCGUAUCAAGGAGAAUUUUGCCCAGCUGCUUAUUUACGAGUCUACUGGAGAUAAGAGCCUGAUCGAAAUCGAGGAUUACCCGAAGACGUGGUGUUUUUUCAUCGGUGAGCCAGUUUUGACGGUGAAAAACUUUCCCCAUGAUUUUGAUACCACGUCGCUGGGCAAUACAAUCCUCGAUCGGCCAGCCGACGGUGUGAACAUCGUGAUGGACCAGAUGCUGCAAUAUCUAAGCCCCGAUAGUCUUGUGCAAACGUAUUUCACUGACUUCAAAAAUCGGGUGGACCCUGUCGUCUGCUGCAACGUGUUGAGUCUAUUCUAUAAACACGGCCGUGGUGAGGAGCUCGCACAUACCCUGGCCUGGGUGAGAACCGUCCUCGAAAAUCGGGCAUAUAUGAAUGGAACGAGAUUCUAUCCCAUGCCCGAAGCGUUUUUGUUCUUUUUCCAUCGCUUCCUUAAGCACAUCCGUGGCUCGAGUCUAUAUGAUGACCUCUGCCCUCUUUUCCGGUCUCGGUUGCAGGAGCGAGUUGGAGUUCCAGUGGAUCCCACCAGCUUGUCAAUGCGGCUCCUCGCCUGCCAUGCAAUGGGGAUUCCGGAUCCCUUGGGUCUCCAAGAACUGCUUGCUAUGCAAAUGGAGGAUGGGGGUUGGCCACUGGGAACCGUCUACAUGUAUGGGUCGAAUAAAUUGAAGAUUGGCAAUCGAGGCCUUACCACUGCAUGGGCUGUACAGGCUGUUGAGGCUUGUCAGACGUGGCCCAUCCAGGAAGAGUUACAGUCUGCCAUUGUUCCAACCGGCCAGUUUGUGAACGCCCUCAGGUGGUUA